AUGGAAAUGGAACUUUUGAGAAAAAGCAAAGUCAGCAUUUUUCCAGAUGACUGGGAGCCCGAAUGCGACAAAAUCGGAGGCAACGCUGAUGGCUCUUUUGAAGCGGAUGCCGACGACCAGUUUUUUGUCUUGUUGAUUUUGGCUUAUGUGCAGCUCUCUCUUCCUGCAGUCACGCUGAUUGCCAGCUGUAUUCAAGCUAGAAUGGAGGGGUCGAAGUACAGUCUCUCUUCGAACAUUCUUGGACUGGCUUCCAUCGCUGGCGCUUCCUGCUACCUGAGCUUUUACUACAUCGACUGGGAUCCAACAGAAGAACAACAGACCCUCUACAAAAACCUCUUCAAAAGCUCAGUCGGCAUUUCGAUGGGAAUCACGUGCAUCGGCGGCCUGAUCCUGCUCUUUUUCACGCUUUACUUCCUGGCGCAGCUGCUCUGCCGCGACUGCGAAUUCGGCAACAGGGCCAAAUCCCUCGUCUCCUUCAUCUGCGCCAGCGUCGUGCUGGUUCUUCUUAUCUCCGCCCCCGCUGGCACCGUAAUCUUGGGCUGGAAAUAUGCCUUUGGAAGUUGCGAUAGCGUUCUCGACUGCAUCGCCGUUCACGAACAAAACUGUACAUUACUCGUAAAAUCACUGUAA